UGGCAGAGGGAAAGUUGACACCUUUGGAGGAAGAGGCACUGAAGAGGAAAGAAAGAUUGAAAGCUUUGAAACGAAAGCAUGAAACCGGCGGUGAUUCAGUAGAAGAACCACAAAAGAUUGAAAAUCCAACUCCCCUCCCCAAGCCUAAGUUUCGCAGUUAUAAACCUCAAGAUGAAUCACUUAAGGAAAGUGUUAUGCCAAGUGCUAAACCUGCAGAUGUGGCCGAGGAAGUAAAAGAACAGCUUGCCGCAGCUGACAGUAGAGUUGUGAUGGAUGACUUGGAUAUUACAACAUUAGCACCCAGAAAGCCAGAUUGGGAUUUGAAGCGAGAUGUGGCAAAGAAGCUUGAGAAAUUAGAAAAAAGAACACAACGCGCAAUUGCAGAACUUAUUCGUGAUAGAUUACGCCUGGAACAAGGAGAUGAUCUAGCAUCAGCUGUCAAUGCAGGAGCUCGAGCCCAGUUAGCAGAAGCGAAAGAUGAUGAUGAUUAGUUGUAAGUUUGUAUUAAGUCCCUAGGACUCAGAUAGGUAAAAUACCACUUGCUUUGUUGGGGAAGCUGUCAGCUUCAUGUUCUUUAUUUUUGAAUGUAUAAUUUGCCUUUGGCUCUGCGAUUUCUGUUAUUAAGUUGAGAAUGCAAAUAGGCGGUCUUUUAAUUGACAGUUACAAGCUCUUUCUACCAAAUCCUUUAUCAGUAGGGAAGCUUAAGUAAAUCAUGAGUUGUAAUUUAUGGUUUGGAGGGAAUGAAACAAAUGUUAGUAGCAGAAACCUUUUAAUUUUUAUUUUACAUUUCAUAUCUCUUACAACAAAUUACUGAAAUCUAUUCUCAUGUCUUUCUUUACAUGCUUGUAGAUUACAUUUUCUCUGUUGUUCGGUAUUAGGUCUAAGUACAAGAAAAUACACAAUUAUAAUUGUACUUUAUUUGAAUGUGCUAGAAAGAUUUUAUAAAAACUUUCUCUGCAUUGCAUCAAUUUAUAUAAACUGAAGUCUUUUUUUUUUCUGUGAAGGCAUACCAGCAUACCUGUCAAAUUUAUUCCAAUAUAAUUUAGAGGGAAUAGUGAAUUAUAUUUUUACUGUACAGAAAUA